CUUUCUUAUUGUAUUUAACUAUACUUGCCCUUGAAAUCCCCAGUCACUCCAGGGUUAUUUCAGGUCUACACUACAAAGUGUCAGCAUCUUUACUUACUUUUUUUUAUAAUUGAAGUUUACUUGAUUAUGUCUAUGUUAGCAUUAAUCAAAAAAUUUAAAUAAUUUAAGAAGGCCAAAUACUUCUUCCAAUUUUAUAUGGAGAUCUUAUUAUAUUAUACAUAAAAAAUGAAGUGGAUAGUUUUUGGUAUCACAUUAAUAAUAUGCAAUUAUAUAAUAUCCUGUCAGGAUAUUGUAUUUCCAAAUAAUGAAGAGAUAUCUCACGUGAGCGGCAAUGUAGCGAUAACAGAACGUAUUCCAGUGGCUGCACCAAAUAUAUGCCCCAAAGACAUGCUUCUUUAUCCUGGAGCUGGGAGUAAAAGUACAUGGGUAUGCGAUUGUAGACCUAGAUUUCUGUAUUUUCCAUUGAAUGAUAGCUGUUAUGAAGCAUAUAGACAAGGACCUUGUGCACCACGGAAUUAUGUUGUACUUCCUAAGGAUGAAGUUAUACCGAAAUGUGUAAAAAAUCCUUGCCUGGAAGAUGGCUUAGUACAAUAUAAUAAUACAUGUUAUCCUCUAAGAACUAGAGGUGGCCCUUGUGCCCCUGAUGGAGUAAUAGGAGUGAAUGAAACUACAUUUGACUUAGAAUGUAUGUCAAUAGACAUUGCACCGUUCGUAAUUAUUGAUCCGCCUUUAAGAAAGUGUCCCGUGGGAAGCCGUAGGAAUGCUCUUGGAAUAUGUAGAGUAAUUUUAACCUAAUAUGUUUCUAUUUAAGAAAUUUCUGUUUUCUUAAUAACCUGGUAUUUAUUUGUUUGGCCUCUUUCACAUAAUAAAUAUCAAUAUAUUAUUAUAAUUCUGAUAUAUUAUGAGAAUAUAUAUAACAUUUAUAUUUACAAAA